AUCCUCAUCUUGUGUAAAUUAUUCUCGACUAGUGUGAUUACAUCCCUUAUAAAAUGUUCGCAACCGCUCUAUGAUCAUGGUUUUGAUCAGUUCACCGGUAAUAAAUUUGGCCAGUUUUAUGAAAACCUCUUUUGUGUUACGGGAUACAGUCUACAAGUAGAUGACCACAGGUUUACUAGCGAAACUUCAAAGAAUGAUGUCUAUGGGUUGUUCUUUCUUUCCAAAAACAAAUUAAAGGGUUAUGUCAAUAUUUCAUCUUCAGAAAUAUAUCCAUCAGGUUGCACAAUUCUCAUCGAAUCCAUAAAUCAAUUAGGACAAAACGGCAAUAAUUCGAUUCAUUCUACCACUAUGUGCCAUUUAUUCAGUGCCACAUAUAACUCCACCAAUUUUCCCUUAAAUGUUACGAUUUUCGUAAACGAUACUGAAGCAUCUUCAAAUGUUCAAAGAUGGAAUCAAAUUUUGCCAAGUAGAAAUAAUUCAACAUUUCAUUCUUUCAAUUAUUCUAUUAAUUCAACAUCAUCUACCAAUGUUCAAUUAGCUGAUUCACAUUAUCGUAACAACAACAUAGCUAGAAGAGUGAAACGCUCCUCUAUAUCAAUGAGAAAUACUUCAAUUUUGGAUACAGUACAUGUUCUCCACCGUCCCGGUGAAUCGCAGCCUUAUGUGGUGGAGUUAUUUAUGGUUGUGGAUGAAACUAUGAUUGCGGAAUUUCGCGGACAAUAUCAUCAAUUGGUUUCUCGUAUCAAUAUGAUUAUUGCACUUGUAAAUAAGUUGUUUGCUCCAUUCAACAUUGUAAUAGUUAUUGUUCGUUUAGAAAUUUGGGAACAGGAUCGUAUUAGUUUAAAGGUUGAAGAACAUCAUCUGCUCACUGCAUUAGCUCAAUUUAAACGAAUGCAUGCUAAUGUGCGUCAUGAUUGUUUGCAUGCUUUAUUGGGUACAAAAGAACAAGGCUCACGAACACGUGGAAAAGCUAAUCAUAUGACUAUGUGUAUUUAUUCGCGUUGUGUUGGUUACAGUAGAGUAUCACCAACACUUGAUAUUAUCGAAACAGCUCGUACUAUCGCACAUGAACUUGGACAUAAUUUCGGUUUAAGACAUGAUACUGAAGAAUGUGAAUGUCAAGGUUGUAUAAUGGCUACUGGUGUAGAAUUUGGCACAACAGUUAUGAAAUGGUCACCAUGUUCUAUACGAGAUUUACCAGGUCUAUUAAACUAUGGAAUGGGUGUUUGUUUACAUGAUUUGCCUGCUAGUGGGAGUGUAACAGUUAAUUCUUUCGUACCAAACUCUAAAACAUCUACGCAUAGAAAGAAUAACAAUAAUAAUAAUAUAAGUAUUCCAAGUGUUGUACAUAUUUAUGAUUGGCAAAGUGAAGCGAAACGAAUUCCAGUUAGUCGUGUAUUAACUAUAAGACAACGUCAUUCUGCCUCAUCUGUUGAGAAAUAUGCAAAUGGAUUAUGUGGAAAUGGGGUGUUGGAUCCUGGUGAAGAAUGUGAUUGUGGUACACAAACUUCAUGUCCAGAAAAGUGGCAAGCCUGUUGUGACCCAGUACGUUGUCGAUUACGUGGUAAUUCUCAGUGCGCUGGUGGUCCAUGUUGUGAUAUUAUUAAAAAAGAUUCCCUGGAAAAUGUAAAUCAAUCAGCAUCUUUUUACUGUAAAUUAAAACCUUCUGGAACUAUCUGUCGUAAUGAAUCUGGUACUUGUGAUUUACCGGAGUAUUGUGAUGGUCGUAGUCAAUGGUGCCCAGCCGACGUAUACAAAAUUGACGGUGAAUUAUGCUAUACCGAUGAAGGUCGUCGUGCUCAUUGUAUUCGUGGUGGUUGUCGUGAAGCUGAUGGUUGGUGUCGUGUAUUAUGGGGUAAAACUGCCAGACUUGCUGAUAAAUAUUGCUUUUAUGAAAAUGAAGUAAAGAGUAGAAAAUCUAAUGUCGAUUCUGUGGCAAAUUGUGGCGUACACCGACCAUUAUCUAAAAAUCGAUGGGAAGACGUAAAAACGUGGACAGGAAUAGCUUGUGAAACAUGGCAUGAUACAUCCUGUGGACGAUUAUGGUGUCAUCAUCAAAAUGAAAAAGCUAUGCUUCUUGGUUGGAUUCAGUCACAAACACGUGUUAUUCACUCAUCUGGUCGAUCAUGUUCUGCCCUAGUUUAUGAUCCAGUUUGGCCAGCUUCAGAUCCUGCCACUUGGGACGAGAACAAAUUAGUUCAAAUUAAUGCGAAUGGUGCAGGCGUUGGACUUUAUUCAGCAAACACACAAGAUGCUGGUAUGGUUCCUGAUGGGACACCUUGUUCUCGAGGCUUUUGUUACAAUGGUACUUGUAAAACAAUCGAUAAUAUUCGUCCACUGUAUUCAUGUUAUUGCAAUGGUCGUGGCAUUUGUAAUAAUUUAGGACAUUGUCAUUGUUCACCUGGUUAUAAACCACCUUACUGUGAAGAAGAUGGAAAUGGUGGCAGUGUAGACAGUGGACCGCCUCCAAUAAGUAGGAUGAAGGAUAACACAUUACUUGUUGUAAUAUGCAUGCUUUUCUUUGUGAUUUUACCUCUCAUUGGAUUUGGCGUAUACUAUGUAUUUAUACGUUCUGGUCGAUGUUUAUUGAGCACAUCAAAGGAGUUUAUUUAUACAAGUAGUGGUUUACGUAAACCAUGUGAUAAAAAUUGUACAGAAUGCUUUUGUCAAAUAUUCAGUUUCCUAGCAUCUUUCACAGAACUAUUCACAAGAUCUAGUCGUACAACAGUAAUCGAUGGUAAUAAUACAAUCAUUAUAUCAAUUAAUCAUCAUCAUAACAACAAAUUAUUAUUUAGUAGGGUUAAUUUUCAUCUAUAAAGUUCACAUUGAUAUACUGAUCGAUUUAUUCCAUGAUGAUAUCAAGUUGGAAUUCACAGUUCUUUCAUUUAUUUAAAUAAACAAUGAUUGUAUUUUAGUGAAAAUAACUUAUCCUAUACACAUUUUUCGUUCGGUUCAUCAUCCGUGAUUUGCAUGCUGAAAUAAUUUAUUUUUCCCAUUCAUUCAUUCAUUGAUGGUUGAUUAUAUAUGUAUAAAAUUUCUUCUCACUCCUUUUUAGAAAUUCAAUUCGAAAUAUUACUUUUUCAUAACGUUUUUCUACUACAAUAUUCUGAUGGAUCUAUUUAGUAAAUCGUAAUCAACCUAGGACCUGGCACAAAAGUACGCCAGCCGAAGUAGCCAUUCCUUAUUAACACGGCAAGAUGAAUAGCAAAAGAGAUCGAAAUAAUGUACCAUUAAUAAUAGAAAAGACUGAAAAUUGUAUUCUAAAAGAUGUGCAUCAAGGAAUAUUAAAACUUAAAAUCUGGAGAAAGAUAAAGAAUGCUUGAACUUGCGUCAUUGUGACUUCUAACGUGGAUUGAGUAGGGUUUGAGCACUUAGGAGUUAUACUUUGUUCAUUAAGCCAUCGUUGAGAUAUUUUCUUAUUUUUCAGUAGCAUACAAUAAAUAUAGGAAAAUAGAAAUCAAUGUUGACUGAAUCAAUUUUCUUAGGGUUCCAGUUUUAAAAGAAACCUAUUUCUUUUUUACAUUUCAAAAUAUGAGAAACUAAGAUUUCGAUUUCAUUAUGCCAUUUUAACUAUAAACCAAUGCUAAAUAUAUUAUUACCGGAUAUAAAACACAUUUUAUAAUUAGACAACACAUUACUUUCAACCAAGACGUGAGUAAAUCGUUUUUCGAUUGUUCCCUAAUUGCAAAUAUUGUUUUCUAUUCCUUGUUUAAAACAUCCUACAACAUUAAAACUGACCUAAUCUGUAAUCUUCAAUUUUAAAAUAUCACGGUUUAUUACCCGACUUUCUCAUGUGAUUCGAUUUAAACAUUAAUUUUGUCGUUAUAUUGUAAUUUCAAGGUAUUGGUUUAAUUUCAUAAUUUAUAAAGCAUUAGUAUCCAACUGUGAUUGCAUGGGGAAACGUUGUGGUGGAUGUUCUUUUUGAAAACUUAUGGGAAUAAUAAUUACUACCAUUCCGUCUUUUUUCUCUGCUUAGACAUGACAAAGCCAAAAAUUCAAAACAAAGUGAUAGACUUGAAAAACCGUACCCCUUACUUGCAUUCGCAGCCACCGAUCCAAAAGUCACAGAGAAUAAAGAAUUCAUCAACGGUCAAACCAAUGGUUACUGCAAUGUCACAUCCAACGGUAAAUUAUCAAACGGUUCUUACAGACCAGUCAAACCAAAAACAGUCAGCUUUGAACCAGUGCCCUCGAAGAAAACAACUUCCAAUUUCAGUGGAGUCGAAACAACUUGCUCACAAAACACCUUAUUCACUAGUCCAUCAACAGAAAGUAGCACAAAAGCAGCAAACAAAUAUCACCGUACAGGUUCGAAAAGAGAAAUUCCAACUUUAAUUUCUAGAAAUGAUAAAAAUUGCAUCAUCAAGGAAGAUAGUAAAGUAACAAUCCCAACUAGUCAUCUGAAGUUUACUAAAUUCGAUAGUCAACAUCUCUCCACCGCUUUUGAACAUCAACAACAUUUACAAUCGAACAGUACAUCCAUAAAUCCAACUACAUUCAUUUCAGAACCACGACUUGAAACAAUGACUUAUGAAGGACCGAUGUGUUCUUUAAAUGAUCCAGUUAUAAUUAAUACAUUACAACGUAAAUCUAAAAACACACUUGAUAAUCAAUCGAAAUUUGCUUCAUUUACUAAUUUUCAAUCAUGUAUUAAUAAACAAAAUUCUCAACAGAAAACAAUCACUAAUCAACACCUUACAACGCAACCACUGACAACAACAGUUGUAACAGGUGGACGUCAACCACUUUCAUCGAAAGAUAUAUCAGAGCCAUUAUUACAAGCAACUACAUAUAACGAAAGUUUAUCAGAUCUAAAAACAGCUAGACUGAGAUUAUCACAGAAAGAAUUUGAACUUUGAUUAUUAUUUUCGGUUAGUCGUCUGUCCGUUGAUGGGUUUCUCACACUUAUUGUUUAGAAUUCUGAUCUAUUUUCAUUAAAUAUUGUUCUCUUGCAAUUCAUUCCAAUAGAAAAUGAAUAUAUUAAUAAUAAGCGAAAUAUCUACUAUGAGAAGUAAACAUUUACAUUGUAAGAAAUACACCAAUAUAGUUAUUAUUUUCAAUAAAUGUGAUAAUCUAGUCGUGUUGCUUUUUUGUGGUUUUGUUUUAUCUUUCUUUAUUCGAUUUGGAUUGUAUUUAUUUAAAUAGUAAUAAUUCAUUUAUUAAUAUUAGUUGAUCAACUCUCUUGAAAAGUUGACGUAUAGUUGGAUAUUCCAGACCGAAUUCAACUCAGGCUGAUAGAGAUUAUUAUGCAAGUGAUUUUGUUUUUAUAAAAAAUAAUUUCUUGUUUUUGUGUGUGUAUUUGCUGAUGUGAUGAAUUUCGCUAUCUUGUUCUUAUAUAUCUAACACGAUUCUGUUGUAUACAACUAACUGUUCUAAUUAUCUUCCAAUCAACAUUCAUUGUAAUAGUAUUAUUCUGGUGUGAAAUAACCUGAAUGUUCUUUUUAAAGUCCACUUUACUUAUAGAACUAAUGGAAAUAAUAAUCAAUUGGUUAUCAGUGAUAUAGACAUUUAUAUAUUUGCCUAUGUAUGUCAUUAUUGUAUUUCUCUUAGGACUUUCCGCUUUUAAUGUGACAUGCUACAUACAAAAAUUAGUAAAAAUGUCAUUUAAAUUCUUGCCUUCCUACUUUUCAAAUAUUCCCUAAUUGCCUUUUUUGUUACAAAAAUAUUUAUUAUAAUGUAUUUAAUAAAAGUAUUUUCAAGC